AUGAUGUUUCUUCUCAAGUUAUAGUUUGUUAUUGAUCAAUGCCUAGAGUUUGUUCACUUUUACUCUAUAGAAAAGGGAAAGCACACAGCCAUCUGCCUCUCAGUGUUGACGGCCGUAGCUUAAUCCAGAUUAUGGCUACAGCAUAAACACUUUUUUUUUUUUUUUUUUGGCCAGCAUUCCAUGUGAACAGUGUGUCCUUGAUAACACAGACAGGCAGGUCGGUUAGCCUAGCUCCAAUUAGACCUAACUACUAACAAUCCAAGGACCUCUGAAACUAGAAACCAAGGAAUUUAAGCAAAAGAUUUCAACUUGACAUUCAGUUACACACUCCAGCAGGAAAACAUGGCUUUCUUAAUCAAAAGUAUGGUCGGGAACCCAUUGAAAGGAAUGGGACUUGGAGGAGGAGAGGAGAAAGCAGAGGAGGCAACCCCCAAGGACCCUGCAGCGGCCGCUGGCAUGACCAGAGAAGAAUAUGAGGAGUACCAGAAGCAGGUGGUGGAGGAAAAGAUGGAGAGAGAUGCAGAUUUCUUGCACAAGAAAGCAGAGAGGGCCACUCUGAGGGUGUGUUUACGAGAAAAAUACAGACUUCCAAAAAGUGAGCAGGAUGACAACAUGAUCCAGAUGGCAGGAGAUGACGUUGACGUUCCAGAGGAACUGCUGAAGAUGGUAGAUGAGGACGCUACAGAGGAAGAAGAGAAAGACUCCAUCAUUGGGCAGAUACAAAACUUACAGAACAUGGACAUGGAUCAGAUAAAGGAGAAAGCCUCUGCAACGCUCACAGAAAUGAAGUCCAAGGCUGAGGAGAAGUGUUCUGUCAUGUAG